AUGGCUCACCAGUUGCCUAAACGCAUUCUUCAAGAAGGAGCUGAGACGCAGAUUGAUAAGAUUAACAACACAUGUAGACAGACGCUUCUGAAGGCGGUAAAGGUUGCUCUGAAAGAUGAGUAUGAGGAAGUUUUGAAAGACCCUGUCUUCGGGCCUCUUCUGGCGAUCAUAGAGAACAACCUCAUCUACUCAUGGAAGAUUAUUCACAGCUUCAUGUGCAAACAGCUCAGGGUUUCCAAGCUUCACGAGCUGUGGUUUCUUUUUGCGAAGAGGCCUCUUAGGUUUUCUAUGCAAGAAUUUUAUGAUGUGACUGGAUUGAAGUACAAAGAUGAACCCGACGUAGACUUCAUUAACUGGAAGAAUGAUAAGGGGUUCUGGAGCAAUGCGCUGAAGACCAGUGCGAAGAUCAACUUAUAUACUAUAAGGGAUGAGCUCCUUAAAGUGUGUAACGAGUGGUCGUAUGUGGACAGAGUGAGGUUAGUGUAUCUGUCUAUUAUACAAUCAUUCCUCAUGUCUAAGGAUAGGAAAGUGUAUAUCCCUCAAGAAUACAUCCGUUUGGUGAUGGAUUUUGAGAAAUUGAGGAUGUAUCCUUGGGGUCUUCGCGCUUAUGAUGAGCUGAUUGCAUCAAUACUCAGAGCAAGAGAAGAUGUGCAUACGAAGAACAGCUACGUGUUGGAUGGAUUCUCAUAUGCGUUUCAGAUAUGGAUUAUGGAGGCAAUUCCAGACAUUGGUUCUAUGGGAGAGGUGUUCACAUUUAUAUCAUCUACUGGUGAUUUCGAUGUGAUUGAUAAUACUGAGUUCCUUAGGGAAGAUGAAAAGAAGGACGAAAGAGUUGGUCGUAUUGUUGAAUUGAUCAAUGCCAAACAAGAUUGGACGCAUUUCGAUUGGGAAGUUGAGUCUUUGCCUGCACAUAUGGACCUUUCUGAUUCAGAACAAGAUGAACCGGCUGAUGUUGCAGAGGAACCGUCUGUUGUUGCAGAGGAACCGACUGUUGCUGCGAAAAGAGGCAAGCGCAAGCUAAUUGAUCCUGGUGCCGAGUCUCGAAAGAAACAACUGCUUUGUCAACGUGCGGCUAAACACAACAGUGGUGUCCCUAGUGAAAUGAAGACCUUCAUUGAAGGUUUGUUCACCGCUUCUUUCAACUCUUUUAAGGAAGUGGUGCAGAAGGACAUCCAUGAGCAUUUUGACAACGUUGCCAAUGAGGUGGCUCAACUCAAGGAACAAGUCUCUCAGAUUAAGGGUCUAUCGGAUACAGUGGGAAAAGGCAACGCAUCUGAGAUUAUGUCUCCUUCAGCAACACUUGGGAAAGACCAAGGACCAUCAUCUCAUAGUACGGGUCCUCCCGCAGCAAAGGAAAAAGGCAAGGCAUCUGCAAAUGUGGAUCCUCUUCCGGUUCGUCGUAGCCCUCGGCCAGUAAGAGAGGAUGUUCAAGCUGAUGAAAAUGAAAUGAUCGAUUUUUUGAAGAAUUUGACCAAAUCAUCGAGAUGUGUAGAUAAGGGGACCCAAGACUCUUUACAAGAAGCCAUGGGAAACCUUUCUCAAGCAUCUCAUGUUAAAGGUUUUGAUCCUUCACAACAUCUGGAUGGUGAUGAACCAGCUGACUUUGCCACUCCACUGUCUUCAUUUAAGCCUGCGGAUUGGAGACCACCUACUCUGAAAGACGUGGACUCACAUGAGGACCGGAUACAUGAUCCUGAUUACUCACUAGUGUUUGUACCUGAGGAAUUAUGGGCCAAACUUGUUGACUGGACCAAAACUUUCAAAGAACUAAAAAUUAGACCAUCAAUGCUCACAAAUGAGUUAGUAUCUCGUGUCGUGGGACCUUCAGAGUGGCUUCUGAAUAAGGAAAUUGAUGGUAUGAUGUGGUUAUUCACUGAGAGGACUUCCUUGCGGCGAUGGUUUCCAAAUAAAGUAGCCUUCAUGACGUGCUUGUUCAGUAAUCAAAUUACGAACUCUUACAACGAGUAUAAGAAGGACAAGAACAAAUACAAAGUAACAGGACUGCUACAACAGUACGGCAUUGGCGAACUUCCAGCACACGGACGAACAAGACUAAUGUGGGAUCUUGACGUUAACCGCAUGUAUGCGCCCCUAAAUGUCGAGGUCUUUGACUGUGAGGGACUGAGACACCCCGGUGCAGUGGAGCCAUUUGCAGUUCUCAUCCCUCGAAUUGUCAAACCCGUUCAGUCUUCUAAGAGUCGGCAGUAUCAUGUCAAGCAGUAUACCGUCUCCUACGCCUCAAUGCCCUUCUUAUUGAACAAAAGUAGCAGUGACUGUGGAGUAUAUGCCUUGAAGCACAUUGAAUGCCAUCUUCUAGGCUUAGACUUUUCCCUGGUGAAUGACAACAACAUUCGUGAAGCGCGGCAGAAGAUUGCUUAUGACCUAUGGGAAGCUGCUAUUGAUCAUGUUCUUAUUGAAAGGAUGGCAAAAUUCACUCCCCCGAUGACAAUUUCAAGUGCUCUAGUGGAACUUGAAUGA